AUGCCUGACGUUAUAAUCGUAAACGACAAUGCCUCAUUCACCUCGAGCACCACUUUCUCUACACAAGACUCGGAGCAAUCACCACGUCCACUCCGUCGAAGAAACACAGUGACGCAGCUGACAAGGCGCGUUUCUAAGAGGAUAUCGCAAUCAAUCCUCAGGGUCGGGGUACAGGAACAUCAACUCAGCGAAAAGAACCUUAAGGAUCUCAACGAAGCAACACAUGUGGACGCGCUGGGCUCGCCUGGCUCAUACCUACCAGAUCAAUCACACGAGCCAAAGGUCUACGAGCCUAUCCACGAAGACAUCGAGGAGGAAGUCCAUAGUGUAGAUGUGGAAGCAGCAAGAGACAUGCGCCUUCAAGAGUCCUACGCUGCCUUCUGUCGCGACUUCACAAUGUCAGGGAAACCAACAGUGAACCGAAAGUUCGACUUGAACAUGAGAAUGGAAGAGGCUUCAGAAGUGCACCAGCAGCCGCGUUCAAUCUGUAGCAUCAAUGGCUAUGUUUUGCUUUACGCUCAGCAAUCCAAUGUAGCUUUCCACGACAGCGAAAAUGACGCUCGCAAGGAGUACCGAUUCGGAACCAUGAACUUCCCGCACGGCUUUUGCUCAAAUUGCGGGUCGAGCAUGUAUGCUCGCGCAGAUGGCGGAAAAUAUGGUGGUAUUAUGGCUAUCAAUGCACGGACUCUGAAGGGAAUCGAUAUCAGCACCCUCAAGAUUGAGCAAGUUGAUGGGAAGAAUGUCGAAUUCUCCUAG